AUGUCCAGGUCACUGACCUCUGCCCAGAUCAUCGCGCUGGGGGAGUACCUCGAGCCCGACUUCGAGGCGGGUUCUCUUACUGUGUCUCAGCUGCUCGGGAUCUUUGGAUAUCACAACAUCAAGUACCCUGCGCCCUACACGAAACCGAAGCUGGUGCAGCUUUUCAACGAUGAAGUCAAGCCGAAAUCGAAGAAGUUCAAGAAGGAGAGGUUGAAAAGGGAGAACAGCGUCGCUAGUGACGAUGGGAUAAAGGACGGGCUUACAGGGAGAUAUAUCAAUGACGAUGCCUUGCCUUUAAGACGCUCUUCGAGACGAUCGUCUAGGGCUCCGUCCCAGGACUCUGAGAUCGCACCACAGCCCCAACCGAAACGGCGUCGUUCGUCUGCGAAACCUGAUUUGGGGGGCCCGUCGAAACAGGUGCCACCGCCACAGUCGCCGGUCAUGGAGGAGAGCGAGCCGGAAGAAAGUGAAGAGGACGUACCGGUUCGUAAAGUGAGCAAAGGAAAGAAGAAGGUAUGUUUUGGGCGUGGUGCUUCAUCUGCGACGUACAGUGGAUGGGAAGACAACAAUAUCUUCCAGUCUGGCGCUGAAUCUUCUUCCCCCGUUCGCCCCUCACCCACCAAACCACGAGCAACCCGCAAGAGCAACCCACCCAAGGUCGUCACCCGACGCUCCUCCCGCAAGGCCGAAUCCGCACCACCUGAGAUGCCCUCAUCGCCCAGUCCGUUCAAACCCGCGAUAUCCACGCCGGGGAGUCCUUUCAAGACGCCGAUCAGUCCGUUCAAGUCACCAGUGUCGAGGCCUUCGCUGGUUCAUCAGGAGACACCCAGCUUCGUCAAGGAUGCUCGUGACGAUGAGGAUGCGGAUGUAAGUAAAGUCGAGGCUGACGACGAGGCCUCGGGGGUGCCAGACGAAGAAGUAGCAGAGGAAGGGGAAGAACAGGUGGAGGAGUCGGAGGCUAAGCAGACGAACGCCGUCACGCGUCGCAUCGCUGACACCAGUACGGCUAUCGUACAACGAGUACAGGAACCUACAUCCGGAAUGGGUCGCAAAUCUCUCUCUGCUAUGAUCCUCUUCAUCGCCGUCUCGCUUCUAUCUCUCGUUCCCUAUAAGCAGGAAUCAUCGUCUAUCGGUUUCUGCGACCCCGGACUCGAUACCAACGAAAUCCUAGAAGGUCUGCGUACCAGACGGGUAGCAGCUGAAGAAUGUGCCGCGGAGAAUAGGACGCUUCUCUACAUCACUCCCGUCGCUUCCGCCAGCUCUUCAGCCGCAAUUGACCAACCUGUUUGCCCUCCGCCAGCCCUAAUCCCUAUUCCCAGUCCGAACGCCUGCACACCAUGCCCCGAGCACGCCCAAUGCUCACAUAACAAUAUCGUCUGCGACAGCGGUUAUAUCAUCCGCCCUCAUCCCGUCCUCGGUUUCCUGCCCUUCCCCAUGACCAACUCUCUCAACUCGCCUCUACCAUCCCUCCAACCCAUCGCACCCACACGGGCCAUCCUUUCUGGUGUCUCCACGGUGUUCGACGGUCUGCCUGGUUUUGGCCCCGUCGCGUUCCCCCCGCACUGUGUUGUCGAUCCUCGACGGAAGAAACAUAUUGGUGUCCUGGGGAAGGCCGUGGAGGCCGUGCUGGGACAGGAGAGGGGCAAGCGGUUGUGUGCGGGUGAUACUAUCCCUGUGAAAGAUGAGAACGGAGGCGAGGCGAAGCGUUGGGGCCUGGAAAUCAGUGCCCUCAAAGAGGCCAUGAAGAAGAAGACCGCGCCCCAGCUUAUGGACACAUUUGACGACACUUUCGAUGAAGCCAUCGAACAGCUCCUGACUUGGGGCGGUGUCUUCACCCGCGUUGAUACAGAAGGGCACAAGUUCAUUGCACACAACACUCCGGAUCUCGACUGGGCCUGUGCACUUACAGUCAAGUCGAGAGAGGGCUGGCAAGAAUGGAGACUUACUCUGGGCGGCAUCCUCACGUCGUUCAUUGCACUCCUUUAUGGAAGAAACUCGCUGCGGCAGCGCGCGAUCGACAACAAACGCGCCGCAGAACUCGUCCAGAUCGUCCUUGACACUCUUCGCAACCAAGAAGUUCGACACUACACAGAUCCCGUCUCUGAACCCCAUCCUUACAUUUCUUCAGUCCAAUUGCGAGACCAAAUCCUGCAAGAUGAGCAUUCGGUGAAGAAAAGGCAAUACCUGUGGGAUAAAGUUGAGCGCGUGGUAGAGGGCAAUGCGAAUGUGAGGGCGAACCUGGAAGAGGUCGAGGGCGGGGAUGAGUUGAGGGUGUGGCGCUGGGUUGGCGGUGGCGCGAGAAGGAAGACGUUGCUCGAUGACUAA